AUGAAGACUCAGUCCUAUCUCUCGUUCGCGGCGCUCCUGCCAUUUGCUUCAGCUCAUACCAUCUUUUCUCAGCUCCAAGUUGGGUCAACCACAUAUCCAAUCAGUUAUGGAAUACGGACACCAAACUACGAUGGUCCUAUCAAUGAUGUCUCUUCGAAAGAUGUGGUCUGCAACGGAGGUCCCAACCCAACUACACCCUCAUCAAAGAUCAUCGAUGUGAAAGCUGGCGAUACCGUCAAAGCCGUAUGGAGACAUACCCUCACGAGCACUCCAGCAAACGAUGCAAUUUACGUGAUCGAUCCCUCUCACAAAGGUCCAACAAUCGCCUAUCUGAAAAAGGUAACCGAUGCCACAACAGACUCUGGAGUCGGAGACGGAUGGUUCAAGAUCCAAGAACAGGGCUACAACCCAUCGACCGGAAGCUGGGGCGUCACAGACUUAAUAGCAAACGCCGGUCUCCACAGCAUCACCAUUCCCUCCUGUCUCGCAAACGGCCAGUACCUUCUCCGCGCCGAACUCAUCGCCCUCCACUCAGCAGGCUCAUCCCAAGGCGCCCAACUCUACAUGGAAUGCGCUCAAAUUAACGUCACCGGCGGCUCUGGCACCGCAGCCCCUAGCACCGUUGCCUUCCCUGGCGCAUACAAAAGCACCGAUCCCGGAAUCUUGAUCAAUAUCUACCAAACCCUUCCUAGCUACAAGAUUCCAGGUCCUCCUGUCUUCACUUGCGGUUCUGGGUCUGGUCCUGCGCCGGGCACGACAUCCACUCCGCCGGCGGCUACGCCUACGACGUUGGCGACCAGCACGAAGGUUAGUACGUCUGCGGUGAGUAGCAGUACGGCGAAGCCUGCUGCGUUGUAUGCGCAGUGCGGUGGUGAUAAGUGGGCUGGGGCUACGACUUGUGUUAGUGGGACUUGCAAGGCGCAGAGUCUUUAUUAUAGCCAAUGUGUUCCGUAA